ACACUGAGCACAAGACUGUAGUAUUACAACAAAAACAAAAAACUCUUUUCUUCACCCAAAAGUGAGAUUUAUUUCAUGGGCUUUCAGUUUUAAAUAUCUUUUAAUCUAUUAGGGGGAAACAAAGGUGGAGUUUGUUUCUUCUUCUCCAAGAAACAAGCCCUAGAUUGAUUGAAACUUCCUUCAAGAAACCAUGGACAAAGUUGUGAGAAUGUCUUCAGAGAAAGGAGUGGUUAUAUUCAGCAAGAGCUCGUGUUGCCUGUCCUAUGCGGUCCAAGUCCUCUUCCAAGACCUAGGGGUUCACCCGACCGUCCAUGAGAUUGACAAAGACCCUGAUUGUCGUGAGAUCGAGAAAGCCCUCAUGAGGCUCGGGUGUUCCACGCCGGUCCCAGCCAUCUUUGUGGGAGGGAAGCUGGUGGGUUCGACCAAUGAAGUCAUGUCGAUGCACCUAAGCGGUUCGCUCGUUCCGCUGGUUAAGCCAUUUCAAGCUAGUCUAUGUUAAAAAGGUGUUCUAACUUUCUAAACUAUAAAGAGACAGUUCAAUAAAAAUCAACCAAAAAUAAUAAAAUCGUAUAGCUAGCUGAUUCAACCUUUGUAAUGUAGAUUUAUAAAUAUUGUGGGUUGUGGAUUUAUAAAGUUAUUAAAUAACUUUAUGGUAAUCUUUCAGGGGAAUAAUAGGAUAUUCCUUUUAUUAA